AUGACGACGAAGAAGACGAUGAAGAAGCAAACCUUUUUUCCGCAUCCUCAGCAGAAGAUGCUAACCCCUUUGCUCCUCUCCGCAAACAACCGUGUUGUCGCUCAAGCUAAUGUUCGAGCCGCAGCAGCAGAUGUUCCAUGGGAGACAGGGUUUAAAACAGAGAUUCCGGAAUUCCAUGGUAACUCCUCCGCUGAAGAACUUCUCGAUUGGAUAGCCACGGUUGAAGAAAUCCUCGAAUUCAAACGUGCACCGAUGGACCGUUGUGUUCAUGUUCUUACCAUGAAAUUUUGCAAUAGAGCAGCAGCAUGGUGGAUACAAUUGAAAUCAACUCGAGCACGUCUCGGAAAGCCUAAGAUAACCUCGUGGGACAAACUGAAAUCAAAUCUCAAGAAGACGUUCUUACCGUAUAAUUAUGAUCAGCUCAUGUUCCAACGUCUCCAUAACAUACGUCAGGGUUCACGGUCGGUAGCUGAUUACUCGACGGAGUUCUUCUUGUUACUUACUCGUGUCGACAUUUAA